CUCUCUCUCUCUCUCUCUCUCUCUUUAUUGUUAUGUGUGAACUUCCUCUCAAAUAUCAUAAAUUUUCCUUUAUCACAAGACCACUGACCUCACCUUCAACACCCCGCUUUCCUGUGGGUGAGUGCUUAGUUUAAUUAUUACUGCAAUUUUCCUGGGGUUUUUUUUUUUUUUUUUUUUUUUUUUUUUCCACCACAAGACCUUUGCUCUCAGAUGCAGACAUGGCUCUUAAAUAAGAUUAUCUGAGGUAAUGUGUUGCAACACUCAUUCCUGUACAUAUUUAUCGCUCUAUUGCUGUUUAUUUUUCUAUACAUUCACUGUUAAUGUUACAGUACAGUACAGUACAGUACAGUAGAGUUAACCUUUCUUUUCGGAAUAGAAAAGAACCUACAAGGGGAAUUCAUACACUGUUUUUUAUAUGAUCUCUGGGUCUAUGCAGUAAGGGGGUCCUGUCCCUCUGGGCGCAGGUCUGUUGAGCCUAUUGUCUCCUGCAGUUCCACACGUGGUCCAGUGCACAAAGGGCGUCUGGCUGGAAGCUUAGACUUGAAAAGCAGCCAUCACAGCCCAUCCAUUCACAUCUGCUCACUGAGGCGACAAGGACUCAUAGUGAUGCUGGGUGAACAGGACAUCACAACAGCAGAUCACUUUGUCCUUGCGGCAGGGAGGAGAAACCAACUAAGCGACUGACCAGAACUCUAUUGGAGCCACUACUUUACCAAGGUUUCAACCGGGACUCAAUUCACCUCAGAGUUGACCUCUUAUACUUCUAGAGUUAAGAAUCCACCAUGGGAGACUGGAGCUUCUUAGGUAAUAUUUUAGAAGAAGUGAACGAACAUUCAACCGUAAUUGGCCGUAUUUGGCUUACAGUGCUCUUCAUCUUCCGCAUUCUUAUUCUUGGCACGGCGGCAGAGUUUGUCUGGGGAGACGAGCAGUCCGAUUAUGUGUGUAAUACAAAACAGCCUGGAUGUGAGAAUGUAUGUUACGAUGAGGCGUUCCCGAUCUCCCAUAUCCGCCUCUGGGUGCUGCAGAUUAUUUUUGUGUCCACGCCUUCGUUGGUUUACAUCGGCCAUGCUGUCCACCAUGUCCAAAUGUUGGAAAAACGCAAAGAGCGUGAGAAUACGGAGCUUCACCGCCAGCAAGAAGUGAACAGCAAACAACUUCCUUUUGCAGAAGACCAGGGAAGUGUUCACAUGACCAAGGACAAUAGCACUGAUGGGAGUAAAAAAAUUCGUCUUGAAGGCACUCUACUCUUCACGUAUGUAUGCCAUAUCAUCUUUAAAACGGUAUUUGAGGUAGGAUUUAUUGUGGGGCAGUACUUUCUGUAUGGCUUCCACAUCCUUCCACUGUAUAAGUGUAGUCGCUGGCCCUGCCCUAACACGGUGGACUGUUUUGUCUCACGGCCAACUGAAAAAACCAUCUUCAUCAUUUUUAUGCUAGUUGUUGCUUCUGUCUCAAUUCUCCUGAACGUUGUGGAGAUGAUCCAUCUAUGUUUGAAGAACAUUCAAUCUGGGUUCCGUCAGACAGCACCAGCCCAGGUUCAGACCCUUGUCUCUUCUGAGAGAAGCUUGCCGUUUGUUCCCUUUCAUAAGCCAAAAGGUUACAGGCAACUUGAAGAGGAUAGAAAGGAGGGCGAGGUUGCACACAUCUACCCUCUAGCUGAAGCAGGUAUAGAGGAAGUCCAGCUUCUUUGUCUAUCUCAGGAGGUGGAGCAGAAAAGAACGAAUGCGGCAGUAGUACCUACAGCGCCCCCUGUGGAGGAGUCAGUGAUUUAUGAUGAGACAAUCCCAGCCUUUACUGAGAUCACCAAGGCUUUCCUUGAGCUACCACCAACCGAAGACGAGGAGAUAUGUAGAGAAGGGGAUGAGGUGGACAGUUCCAUACUUGUGAUUCCCUUGGAAGUGGUACUGGGAAGGAGAUCAGAAGAAGAAUGCAUGGAGGAGACUCAGACAAUUGGUGAUGUGAAACAAGGGGAUGUACAGCAAACUACAGAAUCCCUAGUUAGAAAAACCACAUUAAUAGAUGAACAAUCGGAUGUGGAGACUGAACCAGGACAGGGUGGAACAGAGGUUGUAGACGUUCUAGAAGAUUUUGAGGUAGUUGUAGAAGAUUCUGAAGAGGUUGAGAGAUUGGUAAAAGUACCAGAAAAUGUUGAGGUGGUUGUAGAAGUACUAGACAACGUUGAAGAGAUUGUAGGAGUUCCAGAAAAUGUUGAAGCAGUUGCAGAAGUACCAUUAAAUGUUGAGGAGGUAAUAGAAGUACCAAAAAUUGUUGAAGAUGUUGUAAAAGUUCCAGAAAAUAGUAAGGAUGUUGUUGAAGUACCUGAAAAUAUUGAGGAGGUUGUACAAUUGCCAGAAAAUUUUGAAGCAGUGGCAGAAGUACCAGAAAAUCUUGAAGCAGUGGUAGAAGUACCAGACAAUCUUGAAGCAGUGGUAGAAGUACCAGACAAUCUUGAAGCAGUGGUAGAAGUACCAGACAAUCUUGAAGCAGUGGUAGAAGUACCAGACAAUCUUGAAGCAGUGGCAGAAGUACCAGACAAUCUUGAAGCAGUGGCAGAAGUACCAGAAAAUCUUGAAGCAGAGGCAGAAGUACCAGAAAAUCUUGAAGCAGUGGCAGAAGUACCAGAAAAUCUGGAAUCAGUGGCAGAAGUACCAGAACAUCUGGAAUCAGUGGCAGAAGUACCAGAAAAUCUUGAAGCAGUGGCAGAAGUACCAGAAAAUCUUGAAGCAGUUGCAGAGGUUCCAGGAAAUAUUGAAGCUGUUGGAGAACUACCAGAAAAUGUUGAGGUUGCAGAAGUACCAGGAAAUAUUGAGGCUGUUGUAGAAGUACCAGAAAAUGUUGAAGAUGUUCUAAACGUUCCAGAAAAUAGUAAGGAUGUUGUCGAAGUACCAGAAAAUAUUGAGGAGGUUGUACAGUUGCCAGAAAAUCUUGAAGCAGUGGUAGAAGUACCAGAAAAUGUUGUGGAGGUUGUAGAUGUACCAGAAAUAUUUAAAGAGGUUGUAGACGUACCAGAAAAUGUUGCGGUGGUUGUAGAAGUACUAGAUAAUGUGGAAGAGGUCGCAGAAGUAACAAACAAAAUUAAGGAGGUUGUAGAUGUUCAAGACAAAAUUGAGGAACUACCAGAAAAGAAUGAACUGGUGGUAGAAGUUGCAGAAAUGUUUGACAGCGUUGCAGAGGUUUCAGUAAAUGCUAACGGUGUUGUAGAAUUUCCAGAAAACAUUGCGGAGCUUGUCGAUGUUCAUGAAAACACCGAGGAGCUUGUAGAAAUUCCAGAAAAUCAUGAAAAUGUGGUAGAUGUUCCAGAAAAGGUUGAGGAGCAUGUGGAAUUUCCAUCAGAAUAUCCAGUGAGUAAAGAACUGUCCAAGACAGAAGAGCUUACAAUAGAAGCUAAGAGCUCCUCUGUAGAAGAAGAGAAAACUGUAGACCCCUUAUGGAAGGAGAAACCUUUAGAGGUGAUUAAAUCUUUAGGAGAGGAGCCUGUAUCUAGGAAAAUCAAGAGGUCAGAUAUACUAGAUGAUGCAGAGGAGACACUCAAUUUAGAGGUAAUUGCAGAGGUACCCGAAAUGGAAAAUUCAUCUAAGGUGGAGUCAGUAGACGAUGUCGUCAGAACAAAGGAAGUAGUAGACUUUAUUGAUGCUGUGGACACAGGGAAGUCAUUCAGAAAGAUGGGCAAUCCUGAGGAGGUUAAGAGCACUGGAGCCCAAGAUAGUCAAGGGAAAACUAGAGAUCCUGGAGUAGUAGAGAGUUUAGAAUCGGAGGUUAGGAUGCCAGAGAUACAGACACUCGAAGACACGAUUUCAGGCCCUCUCGUACCUCUGGAAUUAGCGGCAAAGGAGACCUUGGAAGAUACAAGACCGCCGAGCAGUCUUAGAAAAGCCAGCGGUAGAGCAAGGUCAGAUGAUCUUACAAUAUAACUAACAUGUUUACGUGAGCUAAAACAUAGAAAACAUCUUAAAACUAAAGAAAAAAAAAGAAUCAAAGGAACAAUAACCAGUAUUUUUGUUUUUAUUUUUCAUUUCAUCUCAAUGAAAAUCUUUGUUCAUUAGAGGCAUAUUUCUGAUAUUCGUGUUCUGUGUAUGCUGAGGUCCAACAUUCAAAAACAAUUGUUAGAUCAUGUUUAACUGGAAUCUAGAGCAAUCAUUAUUUUUUUUUAUACCCAAUGUACUGUACCUAAUGUUCACUAAUCAACAACAGUAUUUACUUCUUUAUGUUAUUUUUUAAAUUAAUAUAUUUUUUAUUUACUACUACUACUACUACUACUACUAAUAAUAAUAAUAAUAAUAAUAAUAAUGAGAAGAAGAAUUUAUUUUCACUUUUUAUGGCUUAAACCAAUUAUGUAUAUAUUGGAUUGAGUGACUUUAGUCUAUUUAUAUGCCAUCUAGGAGAAAAACCAGAUUUCAUAAAGGAAUUACAUUUUACAGGCGAGGUACAGACAGGUGAUCAAUCGCAGGGGAAAAAACAACAACAUUACGUCAUUUAGUAAUGUGUGGGGCCAUGGCAUUGAUUCUACAAAUCCACAAGAUAUUCACUCAGUUGCUGUUUCGAUGAUGGAGAACUCUCUGAAAUCUUUCACGAGUAUUCAGGCUGGAUAACAUAUAGCAUAUGAUUUUUUUGCCUUGCUGAUGAACACACUGGUCAGACCAAAAUCAUCAGAUAAAGCUCAUGAGUCAGAAUAACUGUGUACAGAUUUAUAGUGACUCUUCCCUCCAUUGGGACAAGUGGACACACACCAUGUCAAAUGCAGCAGCAGAACAGAGACACCCGUUCUUUCUAUAAUCUGAACUGUAGAUCUGCGCAUCUCUUUAAAUAACUUCUUCAUUGUUAUGUCCUUGAAAAGUAGUCAACGUGAUGCACCAUGCAUCGCUUAUUGUCUAACUAACCAGUUUAAAAAACGCUUUUGUCUUAGCAUUUAAUUCUCAAAAUAUGAAUCGAUUGAUUAUUCCAUUACAUUGCAGUUUCGUCAGGAUGAUAUUCCUACAUCGUGAAACGUUUGAUUAAAUUCCGAAUCAUUGGUCCAAUUGGACCCCCACCUCCCGUAAACACUUGACAUGGCAUAAUCUUGAACCUGAUCUCUGACUGAUGUGAAUAUUACCCACUAGAGGGUGCAAGAGGGUGCAGGACAAUUUGUUUUUUCUUUUUUUUUUUUCUCAAAUAAAGAACACAGUUCCAAGGAAGAAAAUCUCUACGAGUUUUUGAAGAAACAAUCCUUACGAGUAAUAUCCAUAAAUCAUAACAUCACUUGUUAACUGUCUAUGGUCUGUCUGUCAAAGUUUUGGUGUAAAUGAAAGUAUGAGGGCCAAAUACCAUCUGCCCCAGCCUCUCUAAAUUGACUCAGAAAGGCUUGUUGUAGGUACUAACCUGGAAAGAUAAUUAUUUAUAUGCAUUAUUUAUUGUUCAUUUCUGUAUUAUUCACUCUUAAUUGUGUUUUUAUAUAUGACUAUGAAUAAAGCGUUUGUCCGAUUUUGUUUUAUAGUUUAAUAUCAAAUGCAUAUCGGCUUGGCUUGUAUACUCUAUAUUUUCUAUGGUGUGUGUGUGUGUGUUAAAUUUGAUUUAUGCAGCUGAGGUUGUGUACUUUCUGAGCCUAUGCAUAUCUGUAAAGUAGUGAAUGCAACUCUGUAGAAAUACAAAGAAAGAUGUUGCUGUAAAGGUGUAAAGAAAAAUAAACAACCUCAUCUCAUUCAAAUCAGGUCAGACUACAGAAAUCACAGGGAGUCUUGGUUCAUUAUUCAUAAGCGUUUUUCAUCCCAACUUCUUCUUUGUCUACGGAAAAAACUCAGUCAGUGCUUCCCUCCUCUAACACGAUCUACAGUAUGGAGAGAAAACAUCUCACUUGUAGUGUAUUUGUAAUAACUGGGCCAUAACAAGAGGCACUUUUGAGAAAAAGCCCUGGAGAUUGUUCUUGGAACUCACCCAAAAUAGUCAAGAAACACACCGACUCAACCCAAAAUAUCAGUGUUUUAUGCAUCCCAAACAUGAUUGCUUUAAUAAGAAAGCAUUUGAGAAGAAGAUGAUUGAUCAGUACUCGGUCGUCCAGAAAUGAUACGGUUUUGUGUAGAGAAACAUUCUAAGCAGGAUAUGUUAUGUAGACAGCUUUUAGGUUGGAUACCGGUGGAAUUAACUAAAGAACAAACGCCGACGUCUUAUGGAACUCGACGAACUCGAAGAUUUAAUGAUCGUCUCAACGUUCCCAAAGAAUUUAUCCGGAAUUCAUCUUCAUUCAGGAUUUUGUCUUGUUAAAAAACACACAAAAUGUCCUUUAAUUAGAUUUGAUACAUGAAUACAUAUCGUUAUCCGCCCUGUACAUCAUUAAGGACAGUUGUGUUUUGUUACACAACUAAAUAAAAACUUAUAUGAUCAA